CAACAAUCUGCAUCGUAUCUUUGGUUUUUGCUAAUUUUAUAAAUUAAAAUAUCAUGAAUUUAAAAUACAAGCGGCGGUACGAGAGCUUAAAACAAUCCGUCAAGAGUUAUCUGCUGGAGAACGCUUCUCUCACCGAUGAGAUUUGCCGCCUUCAAGCCGAGUUAUCUGUCACCCGAUCCCAACGGCUAUAUCUAAUAGAACGGCUAAUGUUCCACGAGGGCCUGGAAAAAUCUAAUAAUGGACGUGCCAGUAUUUCCAACGGAAAAGUCGAGUCCGCAGAAUCAGCUUUUGGAGGCAUAAAGAGAAACAAACCGGUUGUUUUGCCAAAAAAACAAAGCGAAGAUAAACCGAAAAACGUAACCAUUAUAAGAAAAAAGAAGCCCAUGUUUCCGAUGAAUCUGAAUAAUGUAUUACUGCACUCUCUGGGUGAGAUUAUAUCAGUUAAUCCAAAUUUCCACACUGAGAAUUGGAUAUAUCCAGUGGGAUACGUGGCCACUCGAAUUUACGCUCAUCCCAAAGACCCACGUAAAAAGUGUGUAUUCACUUGUAAAAUUUUGAAUAACGCUGGGAUUCCCCAAUUUCAAAUAAUACCCGAUAAUGAUUUGGAUGGAGUAUUCUUCGGAGAAAGUGCCAACACCUGUCACUUGGAACUUUUGAACUCCAUUCAGAAAUCUCCCAGUGUAAAAAUAAAAAUACUUUUUGAUGUCCAAGGAGAGGUUUUCUUUGGCUUGUCGAACCAGAAAACCCAAUCGCUUCUUAUGAUGGAUCCUGGUUUUCAUCAAUGCACAAAUUUCAAAGGCUUUGCUGUGCAGAAUAUUCAGUCUUUGAAUAGCGCCUCUUUAUCGUUCGAGACACUUCAAGGGUUUUUAUCUUGAUAAGUAAUUUUAGAUUGCCUUUAUUAUAAAACUUUCCUGGAUACAUUAGUUUAUAAGUUGAUUGAAUAAAAAAUAUACUAUACUUAGUUUUUAAUAGGGCUAAGGUAAUAAAUUCAAGAUUAAAAACCUACCCAAAACAAAUGUAUUUUCGUUUCAACACCAUUACUCAUGUUUCAGUUUACAACUUUUGCAAUAAUUUCCCAUUUUACUUGGUUUCUCUUAUUAAAAAAUAUCUCGUACAUUUUAACGAAAAUAAUCGUGUAUGUAAUAAGAGUUCUUAUUAAUAUUAAAUAAAGUUUAUUUGUUCAAGAACCAAUUUUAAAUUAUACGCUUUUGACGAAGUGAAGUUACAAAAAUUAUUGAAUUAAUUUGCAAAUUAUAUUUUCCCGUUCUUAUUUCACAGGGUUGAUUGUAUUUAAACUCGUAUGAUUUCCCUUAAAUGAAAGAAAGUGCAUUCGUGGUCUUUUUAAAUGGAAGGAAAAGUGC